AUGGGUGAUGCACGAAAAGUGCCUCAAUUUAAUCACCACUUGUGGAAUAUCUAUGAUCGUGUAGUUGCAAAUUUACCUCGUUCAAAUAAUUCGAUUGAGGGAUGGCAUGCGGCGUUUGCAAAUCGAGUAUCAAUCGCACAUCCAACUAUUAGUAAAUUAGCUGAACGUAUUAAACGAGAGCAGUCCAAGUUAAAAAUUGAUAUCGAACGAAUUAAACAAGGACAUGAACCUAAGGCAAAAAAAGCAGUGUAUCGAAAAUUAGAUGAACGAAUAAAGCGUU